AUGUCAUCCACCCCUACCUCACCUGUGCCCUCAGAUGUUGUGGCGGCCGCGCAAGCCGCAAAGCCUCCACAAAUCGCCCCGCAUCGCUCCCACGACCCUUCCAACAACCUCAAACGGUCAGACCCGUUCCAAUUCGGCUCCCGCUUCCUCGAGGAAGGCGAUGAUGUAUAUGAGUUCAACGCAUGGGACCAUGUUGAACCGGACGCCGAGUUCCUGGCAUUUGCAGAGGCUCAAUAUGCGAAACAGCGCGAAGCGCAAGCCUCAGAUUUCGACAAGAAACGCUUCAACGCCGACCCGGUGAAAUGGUGGAAUCUGUUCUACAAGAACAAUACGGCGAACUUCUUCAAGGACCGUAAAUGGCUGCAGCAGGAGUUCCCGGUUCUUGAGGAAGUUGCGAGGAAAGGGGCCGGCAAGCAGGUUGUGCUGGAGGUUGGCGCUGGCGCGGGAAAUACUGCGUUUCCAUUGAUCCGAAACAAUGAGAAUGAGGAGCUCAUGGUUCAUGCGUGUGACUUCUCGAAGACGGCAGUCCAGGUCAUGCGCGAUAGUGAGCACUAUGACCCAAAGCACAUCACGGCUGAUGUGUGGGACGUCAGUGCCGAGCCAACCGAGGAAAGUAAUGGGCUGCCGCCUGGUCUCACGGAGGGGUCUGUUGAUGUUGUUAUUCUGAUUUUCAUCUUUUCGGCUCUUGCGCCUGAGCAGUGGGAGAGGGCUAUCCGGAAUGUAUACCGGGUGCUGAAGCCCGGCGGCCAAGUCUUGUUCCGUGACUAUGGGAGGGGAGAUCUAGCACAGGUCCGGUUCAAGAAGAACCGCUAUCUGGCCGAGAACUUUUAUGUCCGUGGCGAUGGUACUCGAGUCUACUUUUUCGACAAGGACGAGUUGGAGCAGACGUGGAGUGGAUGGACUCCGGAGAAGGGUCUCCCGGAGUUGAACGUGCCUUCUGAUGCCGAAGGCGAGGCUCAGACUUCCGUGCCAGCUGCUGCGAGAGAGGGCAUGUUUGACAUCAAGAAUUUGGCAUAUGACCGCCGAUGUCGGUUCGCUCAUCGGGCCCUACGUCUGUCACUUUUAGGGCUCAUCACGGUCCGCCUACAUCGCCGCCAGGAGAUGCUCGACUCAGGACGGAUGAGGCCCGUCGUUACAGGAAUAUACUCACUUGGUAGCAGGCCCCGAACAUCACCUGUGCAAGUGCGGGGUCCAUUGCUACCGGUGUCCAACACCGAACUUCUGCCUCUGCCACAAGUGCAGGAUGUCCCCAUCCUGGCUGCGCACAAGUGCCGAUCAUUUGAUAUCAUGCCGUGCCUUAUCGCUCUCGCAACCUUUGGAAUGAACCAUCCUCCAUCCCUAUAA